AUGCAUCAAUUCGUGGCAAGAAUGUCGACACCACGUCGACUGCUUACCAUCGCUCCGCGGCUGUGGCGUUGCGAAGCUAUCUCAGCUCGAUUGGGGAUCCGAUUCACGCACUCUGCAACCCCUGCAGUGCAUCCAGCACAUCCUAAACGGCAUAGAAUCGAUGUUUUCCGGUACAGGCUGGCCCCCAAAUUCGGCAAACCCCGUUUCAACAGUGGCGAUGAGAUCUUGGAAGCGUCAGAGAGGACCAAGAUCUAUCCCAAAGAACCACGAGCACUUCUACAAACCUCCUACCACAAGAUUAAGCUCCUCCCUUUUGAAGAACAAGCGAGUGCCGCCGCAGAUGUCGGCGCGAGCAAAAUUGUACGCUACUUGCAGAACCUCGAUCUCGAUACACGGAAUGAAGUUGUCACUUCACAACUCGCAGACUUUUUGUGCUGGCACUUGGAAGCGGAAUAUUCGCAGCAGAUCCCCCGCACAGAUUCUGCUGCGCCCGAGUUCUCUUCUCCUGUGACAGAAUGGCUCGAUGAAGCGUGCUCGCGAUCUUGGCAGAGCUGGUCCAGCUCAACGGACUACUGGGCCACCAGGGUCCUCGCCUCGCACGUCAAAGCCAUCAUGUACUGGCACAUGGACUUUACCUCGGCGGUCCGCAUUGUAGAGCGAUGCAACGACCAUAUGCACACCGGUCGAGCUAUAGGCUACUUACACGACGCUCUCACCACAUCAUCUCUGGUUACGGAUCCGCACAAUCGGUCUUUGAAGAUAUCUGAAGAAUCUUUCAACCGCUAUCUGAAGAUUGCCAAUUCCGAAGGCCGGCACGCCGUUGCUAUGCUGCAUCAUCCUACGGCGCCCGAUGCACUGCCCCUCUAUCGCUUGCAUCAAGCUGCGCCGCCGACGAUUCCUGGCAAACUUGGGAAUUACCAUGCACGACCUGAGCAAUACGCGAGAGCUUCUGAGCUUCUUCGGGAACAGGGAAUGGAGGACGAAGCCAAUGAUAUGUAUCAAGCUUGGGAUGGUAUUAAUGGUGGAAGUGCGUAG